AUGCAGUCGUCCGCCGCCGUUGCUGAUGCCUUGACGGCCGAGGCAAAGCUUGGCGCCCGUCACAACAUCUUCUAUACCCGCGACAUCUGGGCGCGCGCAACCGCAACACGCGUCUCCGCCUGCCUCAGCGCUGCGUUCGUGCUCGCGCUCUGGUAUGUCGCCUACCAUGCGCUCGUCGGCACGCGCGCAUCCUCACGCGGGGCCAAGCCGCUCUGGCAGCUCUCCACCAUGCUCGCCGACGACGCCAACAUCGACCGCCUCGACACCGAGCUCGACAGCGACGAGUACGAGGACGAGCACGAGUCGCGCGCCUCCGGCUUCUUGGCCAAUGCUCGCGAGCGCCACGCGCUCCGCAGGAUGCUCGCCCGCAACGAGGGCAAGCGCUCGAGCAUCGUGCGCAUCACCUCGUCCGAUCCAUCCAGCUCGCUCAGCGACCAUCCCAUGCAGGUCGACCUCGAACCGCCCACGCGCCGAUCCUUCUGGCCCGCACCCGCCUCCUCCACGCCCCCCUCCGACUCGGCGGCGAGCUCACCGACCUCCUCGACACCCCCACCUGCCUCGGCGAGGCGUCGCAAGGAGAGCGGCAGGCUUGCAGCAGCCGAACCCGGGCGCAGACAGCAUACGGCCAGCCCCAGCCGCUCUCCUACGCUCUUGUCCGGAUCGCUCCCCGUGCGUCCGACGCGCAUCCGCCCCGUCGAACGCUCGCCCCUCGGCCGCGUCGCAUCCCGAAACAAGCGCAACGGCUCCCCCAGCCUCGCCACCGACGCGGCGGAUGCCAGAGAUGCCUCGCCCAGCCCCACCUCGCCCCUCGCCGAAGACUGGGCAGACGAGUCGCAGCUCUCCCCCACCGCCGCUGCGCCCGCCGACCACGACGCGCUGCUCACCACACCCAGUCUGGCGUCGGAAGCGUCGUUCACUUCAGCGAUACCUGCGUCGCCCGCAUCGAGCACGUUUUCGCUGCGCGCACCCUCCAUCCUCAAGCGCCGCCCGCAGAGCUUCCGCACCGCCUCGCUGCGCGACAUCGACAUCUCGUACAGCCUCAUGCAGCGCAAAGCCUCGCUGCCCGCGCUCCCGCUCGCCGACAUCCAGCAGCAGCAGCAGCACGACUUUUGGCACCACGCUGCCAUGCACUCGUCGCCCGCUCCACCGCCGUACCAGCCUGCGAGUCCCGAUGCAAUCCAUGCUGUCGAGCGCAGCGUGAAGCUCAUCGAGCCCGACUGGCGGCCGCAUCUGGACUCGCACGUGCGUGCGCAGGAGCGGCUCGAGGCCGCCACGCGCUUUGCCACUGCCCAGGGCGCCGACGGCGACUUUUGGUUCGAGCGCUUUACGCAAAGCACCGCGGCGGCGGGGCGCGAUUGGGACUGGCGUAAGCGCCGCGCGCGACUUCAGCGUGCUGCUGCGCUCGGCAUGGCGCUGGGGCAGAGCGGGCUCGCGAGUCCCGCCAGUCCGAUGCCGGGUAAUGUGGGUAAGACCGAUGUGCAGCUGCAGCAUCAGCUGGGUACACAGCCGACGCCCGCGGCUCAAGCUGCAUCGCCGGUGCGCAAGGUGUUGCCCGCCGCUCCGCUGAUCACGUUCAGCGAGCACGAACUCAAGUCGGCCCCCGUGCUCAAGGUGGAUACCGAGAGCGGACGCAGGCCUGCGCGCGGUAGUGUCGACGCUACCAGCCCCACGUACAGCGCUACACCGCUCAGUCCCACGCCGAGUGGAACGGGCACGCCGCUCGGCGGCAUCUUUGGCGCAGUGUUGCCGUCGGCCGAGUCGGUGAGUGCCGUCAUGGCCGCGCGCAUGGCGCAGCGCCGGCGCGCGAGCGACGACGCCACCGCCUCGAGCGCCUUGCCCGCCGCGGACGAUGCCAACACGAUGCGCAGGGGCGUCGUGGACAAGGCGAUGCGACGCAGGCUCUCGGCGUCUACAAGCUCAGCGGUACCCAGCUCGCCCGGUGCGUCUCCCGCCGCCUCGCCGUCGAUCGAGGGCCGUGGCUCGCCGCUGCGCGAUUCGUCGCCGUUCCCUUCCGACGCGGGGAGAACCAGCAUGGAUGCGCCCAGCUCGCCGCCCGGUGCGUCGGCGAUGAGCGUGCCCGGCAGACUCAGCAGCCUCGGCACGGCGGGCAAGAAGGUGUCGCUCACCAACCUGCGUGCGGGCUUACGGCGCGGCUCGGGCAGCACCGACUUUAUGCACGACGCAAGUGGCAUUGAGCUUGUGCCCCACUCGCCGGAUCUGUCCGAGGGCGAUACGCACGUCGACGCAGCGGCAACACCUUCGCCCGAAGGCCCACGGAGCAGUGCCGAUGCGUACAGCGCGCACGAUCCUCUGCAGGGCAUUGUUCUUUCGCGCACCGACUCGCAGCUGCGCCAUGUCGAGGGCGGCGGAGACGGUGGGCCCAAGCAGCGCAUGCGGAGCGAGUCGCCUCAGGCCACGCCGCAGUUCCGCGGCGGUUCACGUGUGACGAAGCUCGGCUCGGCGCCGGCGGCGGUGUUGAAUCCGCCGUACGAUGUGGUGGAGGAGCUGCGGGAUCGGGGCGGCGAGCGCGAUUCGAUCUCGCAGGGUUCGUCGGACUCGGACUCGUUGCGACGCCGGCUCCGUUCGCAGACCGAUUCGGCCACACGUGCGCGCAUGGACUUGGUCCUCAACAGCACUUUGCGUCGCGACGGACUGUCCCUCUCGCCAGGAACGGCUUCUUCGCCACCCAUAGCCAAGGCACGCGCACGCGGCGGCUCGCGCUCGAGCAUCGUCAAGAGCGCCUCGGGUGCCAGCCAUCAUCUCGACCGCUCGGCUAUGCGGCGUUCCUCGAUGCGCAGUGGGUCGGAUUCGGGUUCGCUUGCCAGCAGCACGUCGCUACCUAGCAUGGCGAGAAGGAGGGCGAAGGACGCGACGCCCGAUCCGCAGCUGCAGCCCGAACCGGCACCGAGGGGCAUGGCCCAGAGAGCGCGUUCGGCUAGCAUCAGCAGCAAUGCUAGCAGCUUGGCGUCCGGUAGCAGGAAGUCGAGUAGGAGCAAUAGUUUCAGGGAGGCAGCAGGGUUGGGGAUGACCAGUAAUCCGGGCACCCCGGGAUCGCCGGAGGAGAGAAGGGGCGACCCGUUUAGCUUGACGCCGCUUCAUGCCCAGCAGCAAGUGUGA